GUAAAAUACAAGAACAAUAAAGGAGGGGGUAGUCGCCACUAGCCAGCCAAUCCUUUUGCGAGUGGAGACGUUCAUCAAAUUUUCUGCAAUUUUUUUUUCCGUUUCAUUGCCAAAACGUCGUACGCAAUGAGAGGGGACCGCGGCAGGGGUCGAGGAGGCCGCUUUGGGUCCCGCGGAGGACUCGCCCAGGGGUACCGUCCAUUUGUUCCACACAUCCCGUUUGAUUUUUAUGUGUGUGAGAUGGCCUUCCCCAGAGUGAAGCCUGCGCCCGAUGAGAGUGCGUUCAGCGAGUGUCUGCUGAAGAGAAAUCAAGACCUGAGCCCCACAUCGACGGAGCAGUCCUCCAUCUUGUCCCUGGUCACCAAGAUCAACAACGUCAUCGAUAACCUGAUUGUUGCCCCCGGGAACUUUGAAGUGCAAAUCGAGGAGGUGCGUCAGGUGGGCUCUUACAAGAAGGGGACCAUGACAACCGGCCACAACGUCGCGGACCUUGUCGUGAUCCUCAAGAUUCUUCCGACACUGGAGGCUGUCGCAGCCCUGGGCAACAAAGUCGUGGAUACUCUUCGCACGCAGGACCCGACCGAAGUGCUGUCCAUGCUGACCAACGAGACGGGCUUUGAGAUCAGCUCGCGGACGUCCACUGUCAAGAUUCUAAUCACCACCGUCCCUCCCAACCUGCGCAAACUGGACCCCGAGUUACACCUGGACAUCAAGGUGUUGCAGAGCGCCCUCGCGGCCAUCCGCCACGCCCGCUGGUUUGAGGAAAACGCUUCUCAAUCCACGGUCAAAGUGCUGAUCCGCCUCCUGAAGGACCUCAGGCUGCGCUUCCCCGGCUUUGAGCCUCUCACGCCUUGGAUUUUGGACUUACUGGGUCACUCGGCGGUGAUGAACAAUCCAUCUAGGCAGCCACUGUCUCUAAAUGUGGCCUACAGGCGCUGCCUGCAGAUGCUGGCCGCCGGGCUCUUCCUGCCCGGCUCGGUGGGCAUCACUGACCCCUGUGAGAGCGGAAACUUCCGAGUGCACACGGUCAUGACUCUGGAGCAGCAGGACGCCGUGUGCUUCACCGCUCAGACGCUGGUGAGGGUCCUGUCACACGGCGGCUUCAGGAAGAUCCUGGGCCUGGACGGGGACGCCAGCUAUCUGGCCACGCAGAUGUCCGUUUGGGAUGGUGUCAUCGUGACCCCUUCAGAAAAGGCCUAUGAGAAGCCUCCAGAGAAGAAGGAGGAGGAAGAGGAAACUCUCGAAGAGGGAGGGGACGCAGAGGAUGACAGCAUGGAAACGCAGGAUUGACAAGACGAAACCGCUCGGCUCUGCUCGCUGGACAGAAGCACCGGCACGAGCCCACGGUCCCAAUUGGGGGGGGGGGGGGCUGCAGCAGUUGUGAUGUUUUUUUUUCUUCAUGUUUUUAUUUGAAGCUGUUAUUCUGAAUUACAGUCUUUUUUCCAUUGUC